GUGAGGCUGGAAUAGAGAGUUUGGGUCUCUGCGGCCGCCGUAGUGGCAGGACUGCCGUCCCCAUGGCAACGUCAAGAAGCAGCGCCAAGCUUCUGGGCGGUGUUGGCGCCUUGGCGGUUCGGACCAAAGGCAGCGCGGAAAACUGUAAACUGACGGUGGCCCUGAGGGUGUAGGUCUGUGGCCGCGUGGCCAGAGGGAGCUGGGACCUGGGGACCGCGGAGGGCGUGGCCCGAUCCGAGGGGAGGCGCUGGAUCCCGAGACCCCCGCCUGUCUAGCCGCCGUCCGUGGGCCUCAGGUUUCCCACGCAGGGAGAGAGGAGGUUGGGCCUAAGGGUACUCGGUUUUCGAGCCCAGAAUCUUCUCUUUUCUGCAGCUCCUGGACGGACUAGUGUUACCCUGCCCCAUGGACGCUCAGGGCUGCUGCACAGACUGCAGCUCCCCUUGCAGGAAACAAACUACCUCAGAGACCCAAGACUGCUGCUGGAGCUGCGCAGAAGCCUGUGACUUCCCUCUGCCCAGUCCAGCCCACUACCUGGAUGCCUGCUGCCCUCAUCCCAGCGAAGCUGGUUGGGACCCUCGAUGCCCUCGAUGCUGCCCAUUGUGUGACUGUGCCUGUGCCUGCCAACUUCCCGACUGCCAGAGCCUCAACUGCCUCUGUUUCGAGAUCAAGCUCAGAUGAAGCAUGGGGACAGGGGGCUUGUUCUUUGGGGAGUGGCCAGCCCCUAGGGCCCCCUCUGUAAUGGCCCUCAGGACAAUACCACCAGGCCACUGGAACUACAGCUGGCAGGUCCAGCCUAAAUACCUGGGAGUCUUGAAUGGAGGGCCUGGUUCCCUGCAGGGCAGGAUUCUGAGAGCCCUUGGACAGCUGAAUUUCAGCUCCUUUGGAGGGCCUGAAAGAAAAGGGGCUGGUGUUCUGGCCAGUGCCCCUACCCCUCGCCCCCUCCCUCUAC